AUGUGCGUCGAACCGCAAGAGACAGAACAACGGUAUGAUAGGCCUGUCCCACGCCCUCCAAGGCCGCCCACCAAAUCCAACCAUAUCCGCUCCCACAACCGCCGCCGCGAAUUUCUCACCAGAAAUCCCCAAUACUUCCAAAACUCAGAACACCAGCUAGCAGGUCGGUCUAUCGCGUUAUUCACACGGCCACAUAUCAUCUACGUUUCGAGAGACGCUCAUAAUAACAGCAUUCUAGAUCCUCUUCUCUACGACACCCUGGUCCGCAGAUUUCAGACGCCCGCAGAGCGAGAGGCAGAUGGCCGAGCCAAAAGCUACUCCCGUGUUUUAGAGGAGUCGUUGCUAAGGGGAGAGGCCCGCCUUGCCGACCUCAACAAGUCUUCAGCUAUUGGCGGUGAUGCUGAGAAGAUUGACUGCGCCAAAAGCUUCACCACAGAAUCUGAUCUUUCCAAAACACAGAAUAAGCAGGAUGGGCUGGAUAGAUGGACCGAGUUUCUGACUGAACGUUUUGUUCACGGUCAUGAUGACGAUUUCGACUACACACAAGUCGAUAACAACGACGAAUACGACGACAUGGAGAGACGCGACGCCGAGGACGCAUGGUUUGAUGCGGAAGAUCCGAGUUGGGCUAGCGACGCGGAAGACGACCAAAAUGGCCGUGUCAGUCAUGGCACGCAAAAGCGAGGAGAAACUGGUAUCCAAGACUUCUGA